GUAAGCGGCGGAGCCGGAUGCGGGCGGUACUGCCGCCGCCGCGGCCCUAGGGAUGGGCGGAGCCCCGGCCGCUGGUGCUGGUGGCCGCCGCCACUGCCGGAACCUGAGCCGGAGCCGCCGCCUCUGCCGCCGCGCGUCGUUGCUUCGCAAGGCGGCGGAAUGCUGGGGAAAGGGGGAGUCGGCGGUGGCGGCGGCACCAAGGCGCCCAAGCCCUCCUUCGUGUCGUACGUGCGCCCUGAGGAAAUUCACACAAAUGAGAAGGAAGUAACAGAGAAGGAGGAAGUCACUCUUCACUUGUUGCCAGGUGAACAACUGCUCUGUGAAGCCAGCACGGUCCUGAAGUAUGUGCAGGAGGACUCUUGUCAGCUUGGUAUCUGUGGAAGGCUCGUCUGCACCGACUUCAGAAUCUCCUUCCUGGGGGAUGAAGGCUCAGCCGUGGAUAAUGGGGCGGAAACUCAUUUUAAGAAUAAGAUCAUAGGAGUAAAUGACAUUCCACUCCACUGUGUGGAUCAGAUUUAUGGAGUGUUUGAUGAGAAAAAAAAACCUCUGUUUGGACAACUGAAGAAAUACCCCGAGAAGCUUGUUAUCCAUUGCAAAGACCUGCGGGUGCUCCACUUCUGUCUGAGGUACACAAAGGAGGAGGAAGUCAAAAGGAUUGUCAGUGGCAUAAUCCAUCAUACCCAGAGUCCCAAACUGCUGAAAAGACUGUUUCUGUUUUCCUACGCAGCUGCUGUGCAUGGCACAGCUGCUGAUCCCAGGAACUGUACCGUAAUGUUUGACACACCCAAAGACUGGUGCUGGGAGCUGGAGCGGACCAAGGGGAGUGUGAAGUACAAAACAGUGAGUGUGAAUGAAGGCUACAGAGUCUGUGACAGGUUGCCGGCAUACUUUGUUGUCCCCACUCCCCUUCUCGAAGACGAUGUGAAGCGUUUUCAGGGCCGUGGCAUACCAAUCUGGUGUUGGUCCUGUCACAAUGGAAGUGCCCUUCUGAAAAUGUCAGCACUGCCCAAAGAACAGGAUGACAGUGCUUUGCAAAUUCAGAAGAGCUUUUUGGAUGGAAUUUACAAGACUAUCCACAGGCCACCCUACGAAAUGGUUAAAACGGAAGACUUGUCAAGCAACUUCCUGUCCCUACAGGAGAUCCAGAGCGCAUACUGUAAAUUUAAGCAGCUGUUUCUGAUAGAUAGCAGUUCAGAAUUUUGGGACACAGAUGUAAAGUGGUUUUCUCUCUUAGAAAGCAGCGGCUGGCUGGAUAUAAUCAGACGCUGCCUGAAGAGAGCAAUAGAGAUUAUAGAAUGCCUGGAAGCGCAGAACAUGAACGUCCUCCUCUUGGAAGAGAACGCUUCUGAUCUCUGCUGCCUCCUCUCAUCUCUGGUGCAAGUGAUGAUGGAUGCCCACUGUCGAACCUGGACUGGGUUUCAGAGCCUUAUCCAAAAGGAGUGGGUCAUGGGUGGCCACUCUUUUUUGGACCGCUGUAACCAUCUCCACCAGAGCGACAAAGAGGAGGUCCCUGUGUUCCUGCUUUUCUUGGACUGUGUCUGGCAACUGGUGCACCAGCAUCCCCCGGCAUUUGAGUUCACAGAGACAUACCUGACUGUUCUGUCGGAUAGCCUGUAUAUACCUAUUUUUAGUACCUUCUUCUUCAAUUCACCUCAUCAAAAAGAUACUAACAUGGGCAGGGAGAGCCUGGAUGCACAAAGCAAGCCUUUGACGCUGCUCACCGUGUGGGAUUGGUCAGUACAGUUUGAACCCAAAGCACAGACUUUGCUCAGAAACCCUCUUUAUGUGGAAAAGCCAAAACUGGACAAAGGCCAGCGGAAAGGAUCACGUUUCAAACAUCAACGACAACUUUCUUUGCCACUUACCCAGUCUAAGUCAUCUCCCAAAAGAGGAUUUUUCAGAGAAGAAACGGAUCAUUUAAUCAAAAACCUUCUAGGCAAGAGAAUUAGUAAACUUAUUAACUCUUCCGAUGAUCUCCAGGACAACUCUCGAGAGUUCUAUGACAACUGGCAUAGUAAGCCCACAGACUACCACGGCUUGUUGUUGCCUCACAUUGAGGGGCCUGAAAUCAAGGUGUGGGCUCAGCGCUAUUUACGUUGGAUUCCAGAAGCCCAAAUCCUGGGUGGUGGCAGAGUGGCCACUAUGGGCAAACUCUUGGAAAUGAUGGAGGAAGUGCAGAGCUUACAGGAGAAAAUAGAGGCAAGGCAUCACAGACAGGAGGCUGUCCACGUACAGGCGCCCGGCCUGCUCAGGAACUCUGCCCGCCUGUCUUCCCUGUUCCCCUUCGCAAUGCACCAGCGACAUUCAGCCAAGCCCGUCUUACCCACCAGUGGCUGGAAAGCUUUGGGAGGUGAAGAUGACCUGGCCAAACGAGAAGAUGAGUUUGUGGACCUAGGGGACGUGUGACACUCUUCUCAGGGACUGUGAAAGAGGCACACUGUACGGUGGGACAAUUGUUCCUGGACUGGUGUCACGAUGUUAGCCCAGUGCUGUGAAGGAGAGAGCAGGGCUUUCAGGAAGAGAGCUGGUUCUCCUUUUCUUCCACAGUUCUGGAAGACAGCGCAACAAAGCCAUGCCUCUAGGAUGCAUAGGAGGGAGUUCCUACUUGACCUGUCAUAGGAUUGGGGUCAUUUCCUGACAUCUGUAUUAUAUGUACACACAAUGGCUCGUGGCCAGGCUGCUGUGAGAGCCUCCUGUUUUCUCUGUGCCAAGAUAAUUAUAUAGCCAUUUUGAACAAGAGUAAGGGCAGCUUUGUGCAGCAUCUAAGUGGAGAGACAGAGGAUUAAGAGAUGUGCUUUGUCUUA